AUGACGAACCGUUCGGAGAGCAUUUCGAUCAACAAACACGACGGCCAAAAGUGCAGGCUGUACCUGGGCAACCUGCCGAAGGUUAAGACGGAAAAGGAGAUCUUCGACGAAGUGAGCCGCAUAACGCGUGGUCAUCUAGUACGUGUAAUUACGUACAAGAACUUUGACGACCCAUCGAUGCACCGGGGCUUCUGCUUCCUGGACUACGGGUCGGUGGCUGCGGCUACGGACGCCAAGCGGGCACUUUCAAAGCAAAAGGUUUUCGGAUGCAAGACGAAGGUGGACUGGGCGGACCCGGAACCGCAGGCGGACGCGGACACGAUGGCCACGGUGCGCAUACUAUUCGUCAAGCAAUACGGCGGCGUGCUGGAGGAACGCGUGCUUGCCAAGAUGUUUGGUCGAUACGGGAUCGUGGAGCGCGUAAAGAGCUUGAAGAACUACGCUUUCGUGCACUUUGAACGGCGUGAGGAUGCGCAAUCGGCCAUGGACGCGCUGAACUGUUCAAGGGAUGUGGCUUCGGGCGUGUGCCUCGACGUCGUGUGGGCCAAGCCGCCGGUGGACAAGAAAACGCGACAGUGGAUGUUGCGUAACCGGGAACGCCGGGUACGGAAAUCCAAGGUCGUGGCUAUGAGUCAACCGGUUCGCUACGCCCCGCGACCACUGGGACGCGCUCCUGGAGGCAAAAGACGCGUCAGCCCCAUCCCCGCCGCCGCAGCCUACAUCAAUUACGACCAUCGUGGUUACGACUUUGGACUGAGGCAAACCUGCAACCGGUGCACCCCAGCCUCUGUGGUGAGCAUUCCAGUGGCCGAGACCAUGUCCUACAAGUGCAACAGCGACAGUGCACGACGGUACGGCACCAACGUCGCGAGCGCGAACGAGUGCAAAGCGGUUCGUCACGACGAUGGACGAAGGGUUGCACGAAAACUUCGGGCAAGAAACUGUUGA